AGUCCAACGGCCGGCAGCAUGACGGGAGGGAGCGGGCAUCGCAAGAGCGCUAUGGAUAGGAUCGGGUACUUCGGGGAGGAAGGAUACAUCUCUGUUGGCGAUCCUUAUGAUAAGAAAACGAAAGAAAGCUUGGAUCGUGAACGAGGGUUACAGAUGACGACGUCACCAAUGUACAAAAACAACAAGUAUGGCCUGAACAAUGGCACCUUCAACAAGUUUGAAGGAUUGUAUAAUGGCGAGCCGUACAUCACAUUGGAACAAUACAGAAGACAACAAAGAAACAAAGAGAGCUCAAAGAAUGUUUCUGACGUUCAGUUUAAACCAUCGAAUCCUCCCAAGAAGUCGUUAGGGAAUCUGGGAUCCUUCUAUGGAACAGUUGGUUAUGUCGAUCGAAAAUCACAACCAUUUCCCGCCGGAGGUAGCAUCACUUACAUGCCCCAGGGAGAUGGGAUGAAGAAAAAGAUAAAAGGGGAAGUUACACAUGAACCUCUAAACAUCGUAACCAACCCGACUCGGAAAGGAACUUUUGGGUAUCCAAACCUUACCAUUGGGGUGCCGGGAGCAGCGCAGGCGAAGAGAGCAUGGAAGGGAGUGGCUGGUGAGUAUGCAUACACUCCGGAUCCAUACGAUGCGUCAAGAUUGCAGAGGAAGGAGGAGAGAGAAAAGUUCAAACACAUGUAUGACAACCCAUGGAAACCUGCAAACCCAACGAAAAAGGGAGGGCCAGGAAUGUGGGGAGGGCAUCGGGCGUUAUUUGAUCAUCCCAAAGAUUGUGGAGGGACAAUAUCACAAUAUCAUGAGUACAUCCCAACGGGAACAGAAACGAAGAAGACUAAGCAAAUGAUUGAAAAAGAGAAAUGGGCGGAUCCUUAUGAUCGUGCAGCAUUUAAGCCCCCUAGUCGCCUCAAACGGGGAGGACCAGGUUUUUGGGGCUGCGGGAAGAAGAGCGGAGGAUCUCUUACCUUCAGUGAGUUUCCCGUCGCCUAUCAAGAUCCCUACGACACCUUAAGGACCAAGGUGCUGAUGGAGAAGAAGGCGAUGAAGGAGAAACUUGGGCCUCUAGCUGAAAGAGUUGCAUUCUUGCCCCCAUCAGUAGGCAGAUCGAAACGAACACCGAGCAUUUUCACCAUGAACAUCAAAGUUUGAUCUUCAUGCCUCCUCCCUGUAAUUUUUUUUGGUCUCUCCUAAUCACAGCCAUCCUAAGAGUUUUAUUGAAGCACCAUUUUCCAGAAAA